CCCCCCGCGUCUUUGGAAGGGAGCGUCAGCAGUUUCAACUUCCUGGGGAGACCGAAUCGCCUGGUGUUUGAGUUCUUUUGGAUUCCCUGAACGUGGCAGAGCUUCCUCGCCACAGGGCGUCCUCCCAACUGCUGGCUGCUGACUGUUGACCCUCCGGAUUGGGUAUGAGAAUCGCCUGGUCCCAGUGCAUGCACUGUGACAUGAGUAUUGAUAAGGUCCCGGCCAGCUUCGCCCUCGUUACUUCACGCUACAUGAUGACCUUCGAUGUAUAACAGACCCUCAUUGACCAGAAUUCAGAAUGGAGCCCACAAUUCAACAGGCAUCGCAUCCCGAACCUCGGAAGAGUCAUCACAAGUCUGUUCGGGUUGCCUUUGGUCCGGAUCUAGAAACACACAUUCCCCCGCGUGACAGAUCCCCCGCUCCUGUUCCAGGACAUCACCGAUCAUUUACUACCGUGGAGCACAAACAGACUCCCGUCAUCACCCCCGAACGACCGACUAGCUCAUCUGCAGGCGAGAACCCGCUGAUCAUCGAGAACAAUGGCCGACUGACUUCGGAUCGAUCGUCGGAUUGUGCAAGACCGAUUGCGACCCUGAAGAGGGCCCGCAGCGACUAUGGGCCCAGAGUGGGGCUUGAUAAAGCCAUUGCUGGGGAUGAGGAAGAGGACAUUGCCAUGAGACAUGGAUGGCAGGAGGAGUAUACUUCGAGCGAGUACCUGAAAGUCCUGCACUCGAAUUUCUAUAUGUAUUUCACAGAGAAGCGCCACGAGACGAACGGCAUCCCUAGGGAUCCGGUCGGAAGCUGGCCCAGCCAAGACUGGCGCAUGAAGGACCGCCUGAAAACCGUCUCCGCGGCGCUAGCCAUCUGCCUGAAUAUUGGCGUCGACCCGCCCGAUGUGGUCAAGACGAACCCGACAGCUAAGUUGGAAUGCUGGGUCGAUCCCACGUCUACUACCGGCGGUGGUCACAACAAGAUCAUGGAGCAGAUCGGAAAGAAACUGCAGGAGCAAUAUGAGACACUUAGCUUAAGAACUAGGUACAAGCAAUAUCUUGACCCCUCUGUCGACGAGACGAAGAAGUUUUGCAUCUCUCUGCGCCGCAACGCCAAGGACGAGCGGGUGCUGUUCCAUUACAACGGCCAUGGUGUACCUCUCCCUACUCAGUCGGGUGAGAUUUGGGUCUUCAACAAGAAUUACACUCAGUACAUUCCGGUAUCCCUCUACGACUUGCAGUCCUGGCUUGCAGGACCUAGCCUGUUUGUCUUCGACGUAUCGCAUGCAGGGAAUAUUGUGUCGAACUUUCACACCUUCGUCGAGAAACAUGAGAAGGAGAACGCAGAGGCGAAGAAGCGGGAUCCAAACGCCAUCGUUCAAAACUACGGGGAUUGUAUCAUCCUCGCAGCAUGUCAGAAGACAGAGUCGCUCCCCACUAACCCCGAUCUCCCAGCGGAUAUCUUCACUUGUUGCUUGACUACGCCUAUUGAGAUUGCGCUGCGUUUCUUCAUCCUCCAAAAUCCCCUGCAGACGAACAUCUCGAUUGACGAGUUCAGAGUGCCAGGCCGCUUACAGGAUCGGAGAAGCCCACUUGGAGAGCUGAACUGGAUUUUUACUGCGAUCACGGACACUAUUGCCUGGAACACAUUGCCCCGGGCGCUGUUCAAGAAGCUCUUCCGUCAAGAUCUCAUGGUCGCUGCUUUGUUUAGAAAUUUUCUGCUCGCCGAGCGUAUCAUGCGAACAUACAAGUGUCAUCCUAUUUCCUCUCCUGAGCUUCCAGAAACCCAUCAUCACCCGCUGUGGAAGAGCUGGGAUUUGGCAGUUGAAAUGGUCUUGUCACAAUUACCGGCUCUCAUUGACCACGAAGAGGGCCGCAGGCAAUAUGAGUAUCAACAUUCAACAUUCUUUGCCGAGCAGCUUACCGCUUUUGAGGUUUACUUGUCAUCAGGUCCAACGGAAAAGAAUCCCCCGGAUCAGCUUCCGAUUGUGCUGCAGGUCCUUCUCAGUCAAGCGCAUCGACUCAGGGCGCUGAUAUUGCUUAGCAAAUUCCUGGAUCUAGGACCUUGGGCUGUCCAUCUGGCUCUGAGCAUCGGGAUAUUCCCAUAUGUCGUAAAGCUCCUGCAGUCCGCCGCCCAAGAAUUGAAGCCCGUGAUGGUCUUCAUCUGGGCAAGGAUCAUGGCCGUCGAUCAUACAGUCCAGAACGAUUUGUUGAAGGACAACGGAAUCCAUUACUUCAUUUCCAUCCUCAACCCUUCCUCGCCAAUACCCGUGGGCAAUGCUAGCGAACAUCGAGCGAUGUGUGCGUUCAUUGUCUCGAUCUUUUGCAAGAAUUACCCUCAAGGCCAGAAUGUGUGCCUUUCUGCUGAGCUCUUUGACUCCUGCCUUAAGCACCUCAUGGAUGUUGAAAACCCCCUGUUGCGGCAAUGGUCGUGUCUCUGUAUUAGCAUGUUGUGGUCUGACUUCCCUGAAGCCAAGUGGAUGGGCAUUCGUUGCGCUGCUCCUGCAAGGCUUUGCGAGCUUAAUUUCGAUCCGGUCCCCGAGGUCCGCGCUGCAAUGCUCCAUGCAGUAACGACUUUCUUGGGUAUCCCUGAUUUGACAGACCAGGUUGCCCAAAUAGAAGAGUCUCUGGCUAUGACGGUGCUACCUAUGGCAUCAGACGGCAGUGUCCUGGUGAGGAAAGAACUCCUGGUCUUCUUCUCAACGUUCGUGAGGCGCUACCAGAACAAGUUUCUGGUUGCUGCCUACGAGGAAUUUCAGGACGAGAAGCAGAACCUCCUGUUGAAACUGGAACAAGAUGGCACUCGGAGUCUUUCCUUGGAGGAUGUGCCGAAUAUCUCAGCGAAUGGCUCCGCGGAUCCCAACCAUAGGUCGCAGAUAUUGUCCCGGAAUACGACUUUUGGUACUAUUUGGAAACAACUACUAAUUCUUUCUGUUGAUCCUCAUCCUGACAUUGCCCAAGAUGCGGCCAUGGUGGUCGACUACAUCCACAUCUGUCUUCUUCAAUCCCCUAUGGCGACGCUAACCAACAAGGUUCGCAAUGAGAUUUUGGAUCUCUCGAAUCGUGUAUCCCAGAAGUUCCAGGUCCGAGAAAGGCCAGAGUCAAAGAAGACGGCGCCACCGCCGACUCCUCCUUCCGCUGCACCGCCGAAACAAGAAGGUUACCUUUCACUGAGCCUAAAACGAACGGCGAGUGUCGCUGCAUCGCUUAAGAAUUUGGCGUUUGGCAGUUCAUCCGCGGCGGAUGCGCAGUCGCAGCAAACGUCAACGACCCCGAAAAGCCGAGUUCCCAUGACACCCAGAGGACGAGCACCUCCCGAAUGGACGCGGCCCCCAGAGGUCAACGACCAAGUCGCUCCCGCGACUGCGUAUCACCAGGCCCCGACCCCUACUUCACGAGGCUUUGAACCCAGAGAUCCCACUGCUGUCCCGACAAUCCCCUUAAUGAGCAGGUUCCUAGAUUGGUCCACAGAGGUAAUCCCAGAACUCCUUGAUGCAAUAAGCGCGGAAAACCAGAUUGAGUAUGAGCAACUUCUUACCCUUAUUCAGUAUUUCCGGGAACCCCAGAUGAAACCCAAUGAGCCCGACGAGCCCGGUAGUGCGGAUUACAACGAACGCCUUUGGAGACGGAGUCGCAACGAAAAGAUCAUUUCGGAGACCCAACCCCUGAAGGGAAUAGCCGGCAGUAGCCGAUGGGAUAACUCAUUGUCUCUCUUAUCUAACAGCAGCCAGCCCUUGAAGAUGUGCUUCCACCAGUUUGAGGAUCAUCUCGCAGUUGCGGACGACAGGGAUACGAUUGCGAUAUGGGACUGGCAGAGCCACAAACGUCUCAACCGCUUCUCUAAUGGCAAUCCAGCAGGGUCGAAAAUCAACGAAGUGCGAUAUAUUAAUGAAGACGAUCAAGCACUUUUGAUGACGGGCUCCUCCGAUGGCGUACUGAAAGUGUUUAGGAACUAUGAGUCCGCCAAAAAGGUGGAGAUCGUUACAUCUUUCAGGGCACUACCGGAACUGAUCCCCAGUAAUCGGAAUGCCGGCCUGGUCCUCGACUGGCAGCAGGGUCAGGGCAAAGCGUUGGUCGCAGGAGACGUCAAGGUCAUUCGUGUGUGGAAUGCAGCCACCGAAGUGUGCACUAACGAUAUUCCCGCAAGGUCCGGCUCGUGUAUCACUUCUUUGACGUCGGAUCAGGUUGCAGGAAAUAUCUUCGUGGCAGGAUUUGGCGAUGGCGCUGUUCGAGUGUUUGAUCAGCGUCUCAAGCCGACAACCUCCAUGGUUAAGGUCUGGCGCGAGCACAAGCAGUGGAUCACCAAUGUCCAUAUGCAACGCGGCGGACUGAGGGAACUGGUGUCUGGUAGCCGAAAUGGCGAGAUUCGACUAUGGGAUCUUCGAAUGGACACGCCAUUUUCAACGUUUUCAGCGACCAAGGAUACGCUUCGCACAUUGAGCGUGCACGAACACGCCCCUGUGUUCAUGGUGGGUACCAACCGACACGAAGUCAAGACGUUCAACGUCAAUGGUACAUAUCUAUCCACCUUCGAGCCCUACUCGAGCUUUCUCCACCACAAUCGAUCUUCCCCGAUUGCCAGCACGGCCUUCCACCCUCACCGCACCCUGCUGGCGUGUGCUGCCCUCAACGACAACCACAUCAACCUCGUGAACUGCUAGUUCAUCUUCCAUCCUCCUUCAUGGCCAUUCCAUCCCACCCUUAUACCACUCGUAGCAAAUUUCGGCGCCUGGAAUUUCGUCCUUCCGGGCCAUGUUCGAUUCGAACUGUUUCCAUUCUGAUCUUCAACCUAACACCUUUUAAUGGCAAUCAUGAAGCAUCACUUUCUGGCGUAGGUCGGCUAGCUUUCUGCGUUGGCGCUAGGAAAUUCUUUUCGUUUCCAUUAUUAUCAUAUGGUUUUGCUUUUCUAUUCUUCUUCUUUUUCUUGUCUUCACACUUUGACCGUGUCGCUUGUAUAUGGAUGGACAUAGCUGUGCAGGCAGACCAAGGUUUAAUUCGUCAGUUAUACCC